UUGCAGUAGCACACGAUGCGAACAGCAGUUUUCCCGUCUCGGCUUAUUGUUUUUUCCAGGUCACCAAGCAGAUAUUGUCAAACAGUUCAAACGGGGCCACCGAAGGAAGAUAAGUAUGAGAUGUUCCGUAAAUUAAACGAAUAUGCCAGUUCUGGAUUGUGGGAUGAUAGGUACAAUAAGCCAAGAUUAUUUCUUUUCGGCAAAAAUCGACAAAAAGCAUAUGAACUUCAUGAUAAAAUGACACCGAAAACAGAUCCAUUUUUUAAACGAUCACCGUAUGGGGUGCACUUGGAGGUAAUGUAUCGUUUAAGUCUGGGAAUUGCUGCCAUAACGAUUAUUUGCUCAUUGUAUGUUAUGUUGAUUCCCGAAGAAAAACGCCUAAAAUACAAAUAUCGCAAAGAGCAUCAUUCUUCUGGUGGAGAACAUAACUGAUCCAAAGAUUUUCAAUAAUUUAGCUAAUUUAAUUUAUAGGAUAAAUUUGCUACCUCACUGUCAUCUGAAUAUGAAUUAUAAUUUCACUCAGAAGUAAGCAAGAUUAGGAAUUGUAAAUAUGGAUGUGAUGUCAUUGUAGGAUAUCAU